AUGGCCCCAGUCAUGUCGGCCGAACCAUCUCCUCUCAAGCGACCACGGCCACCUUCCGAGCGCCAUCCCCUGCCUGCAGCCGAAGUCCCGCGGACGGCGAUCAAUCAAUUGCCGAACAAUUAUCUUGCUCGUCAGCACGAGGACACCAUCCCGCUGGUGACGGUGAACGACAAGCUUCCUGAAAUCGCACGGCUUCUCGGCGAAUAUGAUGUUGUGCUUCAGCGCCAUGGAAGUAUGGCUGAGAACCUCGGGGCCUGUCCUCUUGGUCCUAUCUUGCUCAAGCGCUUUGAAAGACUGUUUGAGGGCCCUCCCAAAGUGUUGAAGUCAUCUGCACAAGAUUCGACCAUCAGCUGGCUAGACGUGGUUGAACUCGCCCAGAGCAGCCCGAAACGGCUUAACCUCGAGAGAACCCGCAACGGCAUCCGAGUGUGCCAGUUCCAUACCAAGCAGUGUCUGGUGGAGAUCUCGGAGGAAGACUAUGUUCUUAUUGCCAGUGGCGUGCCGCAGAAGCUCAUGCCUCCACAACCAUUCCUGGAAGACGAAGAAAAGGAACUUGGAGUUAUGGAUCUACUUGACAGGAACCUUGGACAGAUUAUCCAACUUGCCGACCAAGUGUCUGCUACAGUAGAGCUCGACAGAUGGUCCACAAGAUGA